GAGUGGGUGCGCAGGCGGCUUCCGGUGUGGGUGACGAGUGGUGGCCGAAGCAGGGGGACAUCAAGGGACGUUCAGGCCGGGACCAUGGCGGACGGCGGCUCAGAGCGGGCUGAUGGGCGCAUCGUCAAGAUGGAGGUGGACUACAGCGCCACGGUGGAUCAGCGACUGCCAGAGUGCGAGAAGCUGGCCAAGGAAGGAAGACUUCAAGAAGUCAUUGAAACCCUUCUCUCUUUGGAGAAACAGACCCGCACCGCUUCUGAUAUGGUGUCUACAUCCCGUAUCCUAGUUGCAGUGGUGAAGAUGUGCUAUGAGGCUGAAGAAUGGGAUUUACUUAAUGAAAAUAUUAUGCUUUUGUCAAAAAGACGGAGCCAGUUAAAGCAAGCUGUUGCAAAAAUGGUUCAACAGUGCUGUACUUACGUCGAGGAAAUCACAGACCUUCCGAUCAAGCUUCGAUUAAUUGAUACUCUGCGAAUGGUUACAGAAGGCAAGAUUUAUGUUGAAAUUGAGCGUGCUCGACUGACUAAAACAUUAGCAACCAUAAAAGAACAAAAUGGUGAUGUGAAAGAGGCAGCCUCCAUUUUACAAGAGUUACAGGUGGAAACCUACGGAUCAAUGGAAAAGAAAGAGCGAGUGGAGUUUAUUUUGGAGCAGAUGAGGCUCUGUCUAGCUGUGAAGGAUUACAUUCGUACACAAAUCAUCAGCAAGAAAAUUAACACCAAAUUUUUCCAGGAAGAAAAUACAGAGAAAUUAAAGUUGAAAUAUUAUAACUUAAUGAUUCAGCUGGAUCAACAUGAGGGGUCCUAUUUGUCUAUUUGUAAGCACUACAGAGCAAUAUAUGAUACUCCCUGUAUACAGGCAGAAAGUGAAAAGUGGCAACAGGCUCUGAAAAGUGUUGUCCUCUAUGUGAUCUUGGCUCCUUUUGACAAUGAACAGUCAGAUUUGGUUCACCGAAUAAGUGGCGACAAGAAGUUAGAAGAAAUUCCUAAAUACAAGGAUCUUUUAAAGCUUUUUACCACAAUGGAGCUGAUGCGCUGGUCCACGCUUGUUGAAGACUAUGGACUGGAAUUAAGGAAAGGGUCUCCCGAGAGUCCGGCAACUGAUGUGUUUGGUUCUACGGAGGAAGGUGAAAGAAGGUGGAAAGACCUGAAGAACAGAGUCGUUGAACAUAAUAUUAGAAUAAUGGCCAAGUAUUACACGAGGAUAACAAUGACAAGGAUGGCCCAGCUUCUCGAUCUGUCUGUUGAUCUGCAGGCUGGUGUUAGCGACGUGGUCCCGAUGUGGCUGAGCAGGCCCGAGGGAUGGUUCGGAUGGAAGCAGGGGCAGAGUGGGGCCCGAACACAACCAGCAGCCCCGGAACGUAGGCCACACUCUCUGGAGCCUCAGGACGUGGAUAUCCGAGGACCAGGCAGAGGGGAGCCCUUCGGGGAGAGGGUGAUGUCAGGAUCCCGCCACAUGCCUACCCUCAGUCCCAAGGAAGGUGUGAAUCAAGCCUUGACCUUUUCAUCUUCUAUAGAACAGGGUCCUGUGACAGGAAGGGCUGUGGGGGAGGCUGCCGUUGGGCUGGAGCACCAGAAUAGUCCGGCCUGUUGGAGAAGCAGCAAGCAGGCCAGCAUGGGAGCCCGGGAGUGA